AUGUCUGCCUCGCCCGCCGUAACUGCAGCACGUCCGUCAGGGCUGGUCGACUUUCGGAAACACGCCGAAUAUCCCAUCGUCCUUGGCGACUCACUCAAAGACGACGCCUCAGCCGAGCGACUCAUUGACCUUCGUUUCAACUGGCAACCAAAGGCCGGCCUGGAAGACUAUGACAGUCAAUUCUCCAUGGGCAAGGAUGGCUAUAGCCUACAGGUCACCGACCCCGUUACCUCGGACUCAGCUUUUCGAUACUCGGGUCACGACCGCAACAAUGGCGAUGACAUGUCUUCCUUCGUUCUCAUCUUCGACAGGAAGCGGUCGGCUUUCGUGCUCGAGAAUGUCGCUCAUUCCAUAGACCUCAAUCUCGAGUCUGCAGCUUCUCAGUCCAAGGAUGACAUCCGACGCCGUCCAAGACUACCCGAUGGUCCCCCGAGACAGUCGUCGAGUGGAGGCAAGAAAGCGGUCGAUGAUGAUGAGCCCGAUCCUUCUAACCCUUUCGACUUCCGUAACUUUCUCGAUGAGGCCAAGGUGACUGCAGAGAAGACUGCAGGCAGCCGCAGUCCUUUGCCAGGCUCUCGCACUCCGCUGAGCGGUUUUGCGAGCCCUGCAGCCGGCCCAAGCCGUUUCACUCCAACUACCACACCAGCUCUACCACAGAAAGAGGCGCGGCCUGUCCAGAGAAAGCCCAAAGCCGAGCCUCCGGCUAGGAAGCCGAAGACUGCACAGAAACCCGCCAAGCAAGUUCCACUAUCGAGCGAGAGAAUCUCCGACUCCGACGACGAAUUGAGCGAUAGUGUUGCCGUCUCCAAAGAGUCAAAGCCUGCUGCUGUAGCGAACAAAGGUCACACUCGCAAUACAUCUGCCAGCCAUGGCCAGUCGCCUCACAUUGUCGUCAAUGAUGGCGAUUUAGAGAUCGAUAUGGGUUCCCCGCCUACCCAAUUACGACACCGGAAGCGCCAAAUUGAUGCCGAAGCCUUUCGCAGCCAUACCGGGACGCCCGUCAUUGGCAACAGUCCGCGCCAACAGACUCAUGCUGCUCCUGACAUUGAGAUGAAGGAUGUGAACGGCCAGGACGAAGAUGGAGAUGUUGAGGAGCUUAAUCUGGACAGUCCUCAGGCCCUGGCUACUGCGGUCACGAUACAAGAGCACGCGCCUACGCCGCCGAAUCAGGCGGCGAGUGAAGACGACGAAGUCGCCGAGCUUGAAGAUCUACUUGGGGGCGACGAUGAUGAGCAUGAUACCAGCGGCCAAGGCGUUGGUCUUGGCAUCACCCGGCCUGCAGAUGACGAUAGUGAAGAAAGCGAGGAAGAGUGA